AUUGUACAUAGGUAAACGAAGUCUAAAAACAAAAUCUGUUGUGAUUGCGAAAAGUCAAGUCAUCACUAGAAAUAUUUGAAAUUCGUUUUUGAAAUUAUUUUAAAAUGACUACAUUGGAGGAUAAAUCAAUUUGGGAAGAUGGUGAAGAAUCUUUAGGGGAAGAAGUUUUGCGUAUGUCUACAGAUGAAAUCAUUAGUCGCACUAGAUUAAUGGACAAUGAAAUAAAAAUUAUGAAAAGUGAGGUUAUGCGAAUAACUCACGAAAUAACAACCCAAAAUGAAAAAAUUAAGGAUAAUACAGAAAAAAUUAAGGUGAAUAAAACUUUACCCUAUUUAGUGUCUAAUGUUAUUGAAUUACUUGAUGUUGAUCCUCAAGAAGAAGAGGAUGAUGGUGCAGUUUUGGUACUAGAUAAUCAAAGAAAAGGAAAAUGUGCAGUGAUAAAAACUUCAACCAGACAAGCUUAUUUUCUUCCAGUUAUAGGACUUGUUGAUGCAGAAAAACUUAAACCUGGCGAUUUAGUUGGAGUAAAUAAGGACUCAUAUUUGAUUUUAGAAACCUUACCUGCAGAAUACGAUGCAAGAGUAAAGGCGAUGGAGGUUGACGAACGACCUACAGAACAGUAUUCUGAUAUAGGUGGAUUGGAUAAACAAAUCCAAGAGCUGAUUGAAGCCGUUGUUUUGCCUAUGACGCAUAAAGAUACUUUCAAAAAUUUGGGCAUUCAGCCGCCAAAAGGUGUUCUUUUAUAUGGACCUCCUGGAACAGGAAAAACUUUACUUGCAAGAGCUUGUGCUGCUCAGACCAAGUCAACUUUUUUGAAGUUGGCAGGUCCACAGCUAGUACAAAUGUUUAUCGGUGAUGGAGCAAAAUUAGUUCGUGAUGCUUUUGCUUUAGCUAAAGAAAAAAGUCCAGCCAUAAUAUUUAUUGACGAACUUGAUGCUAUUGGCACCAAACGCUUUGACUCUGAAAAGGCUGGGGAUCGUGAAGUGCAACGUACAAUGUUAGAGCUUCUAAAUCAGUUAGACGGAUUUAGCUCAAACGCUGAUAUUAAAGUUAUAGCAGCCACAAAUCGUGUUGAUAUUUUAGAUCCAGCUUUGCUUCGUUCGGGGAGAUUAGAUAGAAAAAUCGAAUUUCCACAUCCUACAGAAGAAGCGAGAGCUAGGAUUAUGCAAAUUCAUUCUAGAAAAAUGAAUGUUUGUCCCGAUGUUAAUUUUGAGGAGUUAGCACGAUCAACAGACGAUUUUAAUGGUGCACAAUGUAAAGCUGUUUGUGUUGAAGCUGGUAUGAUAGCCUUGCGUCGUUCAGCAACUCAAGUUACACAUGAAGAUUUUAUGGACGCUAUUAUGGAAGUUCAAGCUAAAAAGAAAGCAAAUCUUAACUAUUAUGCAUAAAAAUUUUCAUAUAACUUUUUCAUACUAUUAUAUUAAAUAUUCUACAGAUAUUAGAUUUAUUUCGAAAAUAAAACACUUAAAUAAAAAUAUUACUAGCUUUCAGUUUUAAUUUAUAAAAUAUACAAUAUAUACUAUAACAAAAGGAA